CAGCCUCCUCCUUCCUCGUCCUUUUGCCCGUCUCGUCAUCUCCUUCCUUCUCACUUCUUCACAACGUCUUCCCAACAACAAUGGCUACAUCACGAGCUACUAUCCUUCUCUUAUUCACUCUCUCCUCACUCGCCGCCGUUAUCUCCGCCCACAACAUCACCGACAUUCUCUCCGGCUUCCCUGAAUACAGUCAGUUCAACUCCUUCCUCUCCCAAACAAAGCUCGCCGACGAAAUCAACAGCCGCCAAACCAUCACCGUCCUUGCACUCAAUAAUGGCGCCUUAUCUUCUCUCACCGCCAAACACCCUCUCUCUGUCAUCAAGAACGCUCUCAGCCUUCUCGUCCUCCUCGACUACUACGACCCUCCCAAGCUUCACCAGAUCUCUAAAGGUACCACUCUCACCACCACACUGUAUCAGACCACCGGAAAUGCACCUGGUAACUUAGGGUUCGUCAAUAUCACUGACCUCCAAGGCGGCAAGGUCGGCUUCGGCUCCGCCGCUUCUGGUUCCAAGCUCGAAUCGUCGUACACUAAGUCCGUCAAGCAGAUUCCGUACAAUAUCUCUGUUCUUGAGAUUAGCUCGCCGAUUAUCGCGCCGGGAAUCUUGACAGCUCCUGCUCCAACGGCUGAUGUUAACAUUACGGCGCUUCUGGAGAAGGCUGGCUGUAAAACGUUUGCUUCGUUGGUUGUAUCAAGCGGUGUGAUUAAGACCUAUCAAUCUGCCGCUGACAAAGGUUUGACUAUCUUUGCGCCGUCCGAUGAGGCCUUCAAGGCUCGUGGAGUUCCCGAUCUGAAUAAGCUUACCAGUGCGGAGGUGGUUUCGCUGUUGCAGUAUCAUGCCGCCGCAAGGUAUAUUCCGGUUGGGACAUUGAAGACUACCAAGGAUCCGAUUACUACAUUGGCCACCAGCGGCGCUGGGAAGUACGAUUUGUCUGUUGCUACUGCCGGUGAUUCCGUUAGUCUCCACACCGGAGUCGAUUCGUCGAGAAUCGCUGAUACGCUUUUGGACUCUACUCCGCUUGCUAUCUUCACCGUCGAUAAUGUGCUUCUUCCAACAGAAUUGUUUGGCAAGUCUCCGUCGCCUGCUCCGGCUCUAGAACCAGUGAGCUCUCCUUCCCCUGCACCGGCUUCUCUGGCCCCAGCUCCGGCAGUUGAGGCACCCUCUCCCGUUGCUGCUUCACCUCCGGCUCCGGCCAUUGAGACUCCGGUAGGUGCUCCGGCUGAUGGGCCAGCGGCGGAGGCUGAGCAGAGCGCCUCGGACAAGGGAGCAGGAACUCAUGUGAAGGCCUCUGCAGUUUCCGCCGUUCUAUUCACGUUGUCUGCCACUGUGAUACCUUGCCUUGUUUUGUCCUGAAUUGUAAUUGCAGAGGCAUUUUAGUUUUUCUUUGUUUUUUUUUUUUUUGAAUUUUGAGAAAACAAGAUCAGAUCAAGUUUUAUUGGAGUUUUGCUUUAAUUUUUGUAAGUUUUUGUUUAAAAUAUUUUCAGCCUUUAUGAAUAA